UCCGCUGUAGAAUGGUCAGAGGCAAACUGGAUAGACCAGAGCAGAAACAAGAACAGAAGCACCAAGCCAAGUUACAAAACCAAAGUCCACCUCCUGAAGGAGCCCUGGGAUCUCAAAGACCACAGAGCUCAAACAGAGAGGAGCCAGAGACCCAAAAAUCACAGGAAAGGGAGCAAGAUCUGUUUGAUUGGGAAAAGGUCUCUACCCAGAAAAACUCUGAGGAAGUGCCCGAGGGCUGGACAGACCAGCGGCUCUGUACGACAGCGGCUCUAUCUGACCACUACAGGUGGCCCACUCACUUCCGGCCAUUCAGAGGCUUGGCAGAAUAUCAUUUGGUUAAACAUACCCAUUUGCAGCUCCACCACAGUGGCUUUUACUGGGGACCUGUGACCAUGGAGAAGGCUCAUCACAUUCUUGCACAAACACCACAGGGUACCUUCCUUAUCAGGGACAGCGGCCAAACGGAUGUCUUCUUCACUCUAAGUUACCAAAGCGAUGAUGGCCCGACAAGUGUUCGCAUCUUACUGACCAAUGAGCUAUUCUGCUUAAAUGGAAGCCGCAAGACUUUUGCGUCACUGUUUGCUCUGCUCAGUUUUUAUACUGGAUCCUCCUGUAAACUGACGCUGCCCUAUCGCAGGAAGCGGCCUGAACUCUUGAUACAGAUGUGCAGGAGGGCUGUGAUCCGCAUAUAUGGAGCAGAUCGUAUAUGCACAUUACCCAUACUCAGCACUCCAGCAAAAGACUAUCUUCAUGCAUACCCCUAUUUCAUAUAG